ACCAAGGAAACGAGGGAGAGGAUGCGCGCGCGGCGGCGGCGGCCCGAGCAGUCGGACACCCUAGAACCCUGGAGCGCUCGCUUGUUCCGCUGAUGAGCGCCAAGGGCCAGGGGGCCGCGCGAGGCCCGGCUCGAAGCCACCGCAAGUGAGGACCGAGAGGAAGGCACAGGAGAAGCGGAAACCUCCCGGACCAUGAGACUCCGCAUCUACAAGCGGAAAGUGGUGGCGCUGCUGCUGGUCUUGGGCGCCGCCGCCUGUGCCUUAGUGCUUUGGGGAGGGACAAGCGAGGCCGGCGGCGGCGGCGGCGGCGUGACCGGCAGCAGCAGCAGCAGCAGCAAACGGGAAGAAGCUGCGUCUCCGCCGCCGCUGCUCCCGGGAGAUCGACCGUUGCCACCGGCGGUUAGCAGCAGCAGCCUUCCGGUUAAUAACGGCCGGGCCCCCAAUUCUUCUUCCAUAUCGCGGGAAGAGGCGCCGACCGGAUUGAAUCGCACCCUCCAUUACCGGUCUCUGGUCUACCGACUCAACUUCGACCAGCCGGUUCGCAACGAGGCGCGCUGGCGGCCUGGCGGAGGCAGCGCCGGCCCCGGAGAAGCGGCCGUGGCGCUGGUGGUGCAGGUGCAUGAGCGCGCCGAGCACCUCCGGAUCCUGUUGGACUCGCUGCGACGCGCGCCGGGCGUGGAGAAAGUGCUCCUCGUGCUUAGCCACGACGUGUGGUCCGCCGAGUUGAACGCGCUGGCCGCUUCCGUGGACUUUUGCGCGGUCCUGCAGAUUUUCUUCCCCUUCAGCUUGCAGCUGUAUCCGGGCGAGUUCCCAGGCACCGACCCACGCGAUUGUCCCCGCGACGUGGGCCAAGCGGCAGCGCUGCGCACGGGCUGCCUCAACGCUCACUACCCCGAUGCCUUUGGUCAUUACCGUGAGUCUACUUUCACCCAAACCAAACACCACUGGUGGUGGAAGCUUCACUUUGUGUGGGAGAGGGUGCGUGUUCUGCGGGAACACCCAGGCUUGGUGGUUUUCUUGGAAGAGGACCACUACCUGGCACCUGACUUCUACCAUGUCCUGCAACGCCUCUGGGCCCUGAAACAGCGGGAGUGCCCUGAGUGCCAGUUGCUGUCCUUGGGUACUUACGCCACUGUGCGUGGCAGCUUUGCUGGCCGGGCUGACAAGGUGGAAUUGAAGACAUGGAAAUCCACAGAGCACAACAUGGGCAUGGUGUUUGCUAGGGACACAUACCAACAACUGAUUGCCUGCACUGAUGCCUUCUGCACCUAUGAUGACUAUAACUGGGACUGGACUCUGCAGCAUUUGACUGUAGGAUGCCUUCCUCAUUUCUGGAAGGUGCUGGUUCCAGAGAUCCCCCGAAUCUUCCACACUGGUGACUGUGGCAUGCACCACAAAAAAUCUUGCCAACCCUCUGUUCAGAGUGCCAAAAUUGACUCGCUGUUAAAUAUCAAUCAACAAUACUUAUUUCCUGAAACCGUAACUAUUAGCAAACGGUACUCAAUGACCCCUUUGAGCCCCUAUGUGAAAAACGGGGGUUGGGGUGAUAUUCGGGACCAUGAACUCUGUAAAAGUUACCGAAGAUUACAAUGAAAGAAGGAACAUUUGAGUCUUUGUCUCUUUUGGACUGACUAGUCUUUUAAAUACGCAAACAAAAUACUUGGAAUUUUGCUUCUAGUUUAAUAUGGACAGCGAUGGUUGCAGAAGUGUCAUUCGGUAAUUAAUUUUGGACGCUGAAUAAUUAUGUGGAGCAAUGCUCAAAAUAAAAACUAUAAAUGUCUACUUGU